GGCAGCUGGCAGCCGGCCUUUUGCUCGGCUGCCCCGCUGCCCCGCGGCACCAUGGAGAAGGAGAUCUCCAGCCAGAAGCUCGCGUCCACCGAGAAGCGCGUCCUGGCCUACUCCGACCUCGGCUUCGCGGUGCAUGACAAGAAAACAAAACAACUCAAGAGCAUUUUACAGGAUGUCUCGGGGCGCGUCGAGCGGGCGCGCGUGUUGGCUAUCUUGGGGCCGUCGGGAGCCGGCAAGACGACGCUGCUGUCGUUGUUGACGUUGCGGGCGCCUUCUGGCGAGGCGACCGGUGUGACGACGCUCGGCGGACGACCGCUGACGCCCGCAUUGUUCCGGAAGCAGUGCUUCUACGUCGCCCAGUCGGCGGAGGAGGCCGCCUGGCCGACACUCACACCUCGAGAACAGCUCACUUAUGCGAAAAUAUUAUUCGAGGCCGCCGGUGCCGACAAAGAGGAAGGGCGGGUCAAUGCCGUGUUAAAACAACUUGGUUUAGAAUCUUGUGCCGAUACCGUAGUAGGACAUGAAUUAGUGCGGGGUGGCCUAAGUGGCGGCCAGAAAAAAAGAUUAGCUGUUGCCGUCGCGUUGAUAAAAAGAGCAGUGUGCAUGUUCCUCGACGAACCUACGUCUGGGUUGGAUGCUGCUGCUGCUCUCAGAACCGCAACCGCUUUUAGGGAGGUGGCCGACAGCGACGAUCUCAUAGUGGUUGUGACGAUCCACCAGCCCUCUACAAGUGUAUUUGCAACCUUCGACCAGUUACUACUUUUGAGUGAAGGCCGCACGGCGUAUCGGGGCGAAGCGUCUUCAGCAACGGACUACUUCGCGAAGCUAGACCACCCCCUACCACCACUCACGAACCCGGCGGACUUUUUACUUGACUUGGUCAACAGUGACUUCGUCGACAAAAAGGAGGUGACGCGCCUGCUGGACGCCUGGGCUUCAGCUCAUACGAACGGUGCCAUCGACGUCGUCGAAAAAGGUGGUGAAGACAACUGGGGGUUGACGCCUACUUUAUGUAAUACCUUCGUGCCCGUGUUCCGGAGGCAGUCUACCUUACUAUCGAGAGAUGUGUUAACGUUGGGCAUACGAGCGGUAUGCUUCCUGAUGGGCAACCUCUACUUCUCGGCCGUGUAUGUCGAGAGCAGGCAGCGCCACCAGGACCAGGUCGCGAAUCGAUUUUGGCUCAUCAUCUGGUACAUUGGGGUCCCGGCGCAAGUCACUGCAUUGUUGGUGUUCGCGCUGAAUCUGGAAGCCAGAAUCGUGCGAACGGAGGUGGCCAACGGCAUGGUGGCGCCUUCCGCUUACUUAGCGGCGCGGGCGGUCUUGGAGAUACCUCUAGUCAUCUUCCUGGCCUUGGUAGCUCUCGGAUUGCCGGCCUUCGCCUGCAUGAACUUUAUGGCCGGGGACCGCUUCUUCACGACGACCGCCCUCUUCUUCGCGCAGCAGUACUGCUGGGACUGCUACGCGUCGUGCCUGGCCGUGGCCUUCCCGAACCCGUUGGUGGGCGCGGCCAUGUUCAUCGGGUGCUGGUUCUCCGGUUUCUUGUUCGCCGGGUUCUUGAUACCGGUAAAAGAUAUCAUCUGGCCGCUGCGGGCGUUCCACUACGUCUUUCCUCUCGGAAAUGCGGCGCGCGGCAUGACGUAUUCCGAAUUCAUCGACUCGAAGUACGACGCCUGCGAUAAUUAUGAUUCUGGCACGUUCUGCUUCUGCGAUGAAGAUGAAGAUGAUGGGAAGGGCUGCGGCGGUCGGGAAGUGCUGAAGAAGCUCGGCAUGCUCUACGACCUGCCUACGGACAAGAACACCCUACUCCUAGAUCUGGUCUGGCCCUUGGGCCUGGCCUUGCUAGCGAAGGCGACGGCCGUCGUCCUCUUCGCGUACUCGUGCCGCGGCACUGCCCUCAAGACGAAGACCGGCAAGGUCACCGCCGGCCCCCGGUCGGCCUGAAAUUGAUCAUACGCCCGCAAGACGGCGCCCUAUCGAUUGCUCUGUACAUGAACUCGCUCCCGCCUCCGACUGCUGUACCCGUAUCGCGUAAUCGUAAGUCUAUGGAAC